AUGUCUCAACAAGUUAACGGCGAAGUGAGCGCGGCCGAGUACUCUGCUUUCCUCCAGCAUCUUCUCAACUACCCUUUCAUCAGCGACGGCGUCCACACCUUCAAGUCCAACGAACUUGGCCAGCGCUCCAUCAGACUCACCGACGCCGCUUACCAAACCUUUGCUGCCCCCGUCGUUCCCUACUUCUCCGGUCCCUACCAAUAUGUCUCGCCCUACUUCCAGAAGGUCGACUCCCUAGGCGACAAGACCCUCGACCGUAUUGACGAGAAGUUCCCCGCUGUCAAGAAGCCCACCGAUGAGCUCUACCAAGAUACCCGAGCUCUCAUCCUAUUCCCCCUCCAGAAGGGUCUCGAGGGCAAGGACCAUGUCCUUGAUAUCUACAACUCUGAGGUGAAGAAGGUCGAGCAAGGAGGUCUCGUCGCCCACGGAAAGGCUGCCGUUACCACCGUCCUCGUCGUUAGCAACGAGACUCUCUCUUGGUUGAGCUCUUUCUUGCACCAGAAGAAGGCCGAGGCCGCCAGCGCCACACACGAGAAGAUUAACCAGUAA